UCAAGCAAGGCACUGAGUGAGUGAGGCACACGGAGAUUAGGAAAAACAGAGAGUAGAAAGACGGACAUGUGACACUGAAUACUUUACAAGAACUACCUGAACUGUCAUAUUUCUAUUUCAUAUGGGAGGUAGGAAACAACUACCUGUGGAGUCUCUUCAGAUGGGAAGCACGACCCCCCCAGUGUACCUCAAUGCGAGUGCGGAGAUGAAUAACUCGUCAUCAGACCCAGCUACACAUGAGGAGGGUUUCAGUGACUCCACAAUGAUCCUGCUCGGCAUGAUCAUGUCCUUACUCGUCCUGUGCAUUGUCUUUGGAAACAUCCUGGUCAUUACAGCAAUUGCCCGCUUCCAGCGUCUCCAAAAUGUCACCAACUGUUUCAUUACAUCCCUAGCCUGUGCUGACCUGGUCAUGGGUCUCAUUGUGGUUCCUUUCGGUGCCUGUUACAUCAUCUUUAAGACCUGGCAUUUUGGUAGUUUCUGGUGUGAGUUCUGGACUGCAACUGAUGUGCUCUGUGUGACUGCAAGCAUCGAGACCCUGUGUGUCAUAGCUAUAGACCGUUAUUUAGCCAUCACCUCUCCCUUCCGCUACCAGUCCAUGCUCACCAAGUGCAAGGCUCGCAUUGUGGUUGUGCUGGUGUGGGUGAUUGCAGCUUUGAUAUCGUUCCUGCCCAUCCACAUGAAGUGGUGGAUAUCAGAUGAUAAGGUGGCUAGGGACUGUAUUAAGGACAGUAAUUGCUGUGAGUUCUACACCAACAUGGCUUACGCCAUCACGUCCUCUAUCAUUUCCUUCUACAUCCCUUUAGUCAUCAUGGUUUUUGUCUACAGCCGUGUUUUCCAGGAGGCCAAGCGCCAGCUGAAGAAGAUUGACCAAAGUGUGGGACGUUUUCAUAACAGCGACAACAGCGCUCUCAAAUCUCUGGAGGCCAAUAACGGGCGCGCCCAAAAGAAAGCUAAGUUUUGCCUUCGUGAACACAAAGCCCUAAAGACCCUGGGCAUCAUCAUGGGGAUCUUCACUCUGUGCUGGCUGCCCUUCUUUCUGCUCAACGUUGUGGUGGCCAUAUGGAAGGUGGAGGACAUUGAAAUCACCUUCAGGAUACUCAACUGGAUAGGUUACGCAAACUCUGCUUUCAACCCGCUCAUUUACUGCCGGAGUCCUGAGUUCAGGUAUGCCUUCAAGGAAAUCCUCUGCAUGAAGAGGAACCGCCUCAGCAAUGCGGGGCCAGUGAAUGGAUACGUCUACAGCAGGCACAGCUGGCAAAGCGAGCAGCAAGGGAGGAGUAAGGGCAGCUCAGAAGACAGUGACGCCAAUGAAGGGUGUCUGGGCAAAGGAGCGGGGGUCUGCAGUGUUGUAGACAGAGCAAUGGACCCUAACGGGAAUUGCAACAAAAGUCUAACGACUGUCCUUUAAGCUUGGAGUCCUGAGACAUCUGUCAACAGGGUGGUCCAUACAUGUUUACACUGCUCUCAUAAACUUUUUUCCAAUUGACUAAUGAAGGUAAGGCUAGUCGAAAUGACCGGCAGAGUACCUGGAGACUGCUUUAAAGAUAAGGUCAUAAUCAUGUCAACGGAGGAAAGUGCGUUUUUCCUCUAAAAAUACAGUGAAUAGAUACUGUAGAUAGAUCACUUUUCCAUUUGUUACAUUUAGCAUAUUGAUUUACAUCUACCUCAUCACAUCUUUAAGAUUUCUUAACUAUCAAAACUAUUUCACACAACUCACUGCCCAUAGAACUUGCACUAUUGGGCAGCGUCUCAGAUGUUUAUUUUCUUGACUAAAUGGUUUGUGGAUUUUAUAUUUGCUAAUUAUCUGGCUCCAGUUGAAUUUUAUUUUAUUUUUUUUUUUUUUAUCUCGGAUUUCCUGGCAAAAGACCCCACAAUUUACUGCCAUAAAAUGUUUUUGAAAAUCAAAGUAGAUGUGGUUGUAAAGUCCAUUUGAACAUGUCAAUUUGGCAUGGAUAGUAAUUAACUUAUUUCCAUCAGAAAAUGGAUGAGAAGU